AUGGGUUCUCGUUCUUCUGGCUCGUCGACGACGACGAGCAUGUCGCCAUCGCCAGUGCCGGAGAAAGCGUCGGCGAGCAAAGGGACGGCGAUCUUCAGCUACACCUGCGUCGGCCUCACGGGCGUCGCGCUCGUCGCCGUCGUCGUCUUCUACUGCAACCGGCACGUCCGGAGCCGCGCGCCCGUCACCGCCGCCAUGGGUGCCGGCGACGACGGCGGCGGCGGCGGCCGGGAUCAGGACGUGCGCGGCGUCGCUGACGUGGCCGCCAAGAUCCCGGAGUUCACGUACACGGGGUCGUCGGGGAGGCACGGCGGCGGCGAUGGGCCGGCGCAGUGCUCGGUGUGCCUCGGCGCGCUGCUGACCGGCGAGAUGGUGCGGCGGCUGCCGGCGUGCAAGCACCUGUACCACGUGGAGUGCAUCGACAUGUGGCUGGCCUCGCACGCGACGUGCCCGCUCUGCCGGACGGAGGUCGACCCGCCGCCGCCGCCGCAAGGCGACGGCCAGCAGCCCACGCCGGCGCUGCCACCGGUAUAG